AUAUUGUUUGUUUAGUACGUUGGAAUUUAUACAAAGUAAAUAACAAUAAGAAAGAGCUAUAAAUUUUCUUUUCUAAAUUUAUAAAUUGUUCAGUGGAAAAAUAAAGGUUAAUUUUUUUAUAAUCAUCAUGAAUGAUUUUGACACUCCUCAAGUAUUUUUUUCUGAUAAUUUUGGUGGUGAUGAACAACGUGACGAUCAGUUAAAAUUACAAACAUUCAAGAAAAAAUUUAAAGAAUUUAUCAGACAGUUUCAUGAGGGCAAUUUUAAUUAUAAGUACAGAGAUGCCUUAAAACGUAAUUAUAAUUUGGGACGGUAUUGGGUAGAAAUAAAUCUCGAAGAUUUAGGAGCAUUUGAUGAAACAUUGGCUGAAAAAAUUUAUAAACAGCCAACUGAGUAUUUACCGGUAUUUGAAGAUGCUGCAAAAGAUGUUGCUGAUGAACUUACUGCUCCUAGGCCUGUUGGUGAAGAAAAAAUUGAAGAUAUUCAAAUUUUAUUGUCAUCAGAUGGGCAUCCGACGUCUUUAAGAGGAAUGAAGCCUGAUAUUGUUUCUAAAUUGAUUAAAGUUCCGGGUAUAAUUGUGUCAGCUUCUGGAAUACGUUCGAAAGCAACAAAAAUUUCUAUUCAAUGCAGAUCAUGUCGAACAAUCCAAAGUAAUAUUGCAAUUAAACCUGGUUUAGAAGGUUAUGCUUUGCCCAGGAAAUGUACCACAGAGCAAGCAGGACGUCCCAAAUGCCAAUUGGAUCCAUUUUUUGUAAUGCCAGAUUUAUGUCAUUGUGUUGAUUUUCAAGUAUUAAAACUUCAAGAACUUCCUGAUCUAAUACCACAAGGAGAAAUGCCCCGGCAUUUGCAGUUAUACUGUGAUCGUUAUUUAUGUGAUCGAGUAGUUCCAGGUAACAGAGUUCUUAUUCUUGGUAUAUAUUCAAUAAAAAAAGUAAUGGGCGGUGGAAAACGAGGUGGAAAAGACAAAGCAUUAGUAGGUGUUCGAGCUCCUUAUAUUCGUGUAAUUGGUAUUUCUGUUGAUGGAGAAAAUUCUGGAAGCGGUACUCAACCGUCUAUUACCAGCGAUGAAGAAGAUAUGUUUCGACGUCUUGCGGCAGAUCCCCAAAUUUAUGAUAAAAUUGCACGAAGCAUCGCACCAAGCAUUUUCGGUGCUUUAGAUAUUAAAAAAGCUAUUGCUUGUUUAUUGUUUGGUGGAUCUAGAAAACGUAUGCCCGAUGGUUUAUGUAGAAGAGGUGACAUUAAUGUUUUGAUGCUUGGUGAUCCAGGUACUGCUAAAUCUCAACUUUUAAAAUUUGUUGAAACUGUUGCUCCAAUUGGAAUUUACACUUCUGGAAAAGGUAGUUCCGCAGCUGGUUUAACAGCUUCAGUAAUGAGAGAUCCAUCAUCAAGAAAUUUUAUCAUGGAAGGUGGAGCUAUGGUAUUAGCUGAUGGAGGUGUAGUUUGUAUUGAUGAAUUUGAUAAAAUGAAAGAGGAUGAUAGAGUAGCAAUACAUGAAGCUAUGGAACAACAAACUAUUUCGAUUGCUAAAGCUGGUAUUACGACAACUUUAAAUACUCGUUGCUCUGUUUUAGCUGCGGCUAAUUCUAUCUUUGGACGAUGGGAUGAUAUCAAAGGCGAUGAUAAUAUUGAUUUCAUGCCUACAAUUCUUUCACGUUUCGAUAUGAUUUUUAUUGUUAAAGAUGAGCAUAGUCAAGAACGGGAUAUUACACUAGCUAAACAUGUUUUAAAUCUUCAUGCUAAUGCUGGACAAAUUACUGAUCAAGCCGUAGAAGGGGAAUUACCUUUAAAUGUUUUAAAAAAAUAUAUUAAUUACUGUAGAACAAGAUGCGGUCCAAGAUUAAAUAAAGAAGCUGGUGAAAAGUUGAAAAAUCGAUAUGUUAUGAUGCGUGCUGGAACUCAUGAACAUGAAAGAGAUACUGAAAAACGGCUAUCAAUUCCAAUAACCGUACGACAGUUAGAAGCAGUUAUAAGAAUAUCAGAAUCAUUAGCUAAAAUGCGUUUACUUCCAUUUGCUACUGAAGUUCAUGUGAAUGAGGCUCUAAGACUUUUUCAAGUUUCUACACUAGACGCUGCUAUGUCCGGUUCUUUGGCUGGUGCUGAAGGUUUCACUUCAGAAGAAGAUCAUGAAGUAUUGUCUCAGAUUGAAAAACAGUUGAAACGACGAUUUGCUGUUGGUUCACAAGUUUCAGAACAAAGUAUUGUUAAUGAUUUUACGAAACAAAAAUAUCCAGAACGUGCUAUUUACAAAGUUAUACACACAAUGAUACGUCGUGGUGAAUUACAACAUCGAAUGCAACGUAAAAUGCUCUAUAGACUCAUGUAAUUUAUAUAUAUUUUAAUAAUAUUCAACAUUUAAUAUUAUGAAA